AUGUAUCAGAGCGAGAAGACAGCAGCGGCUAUGAGAUGGCAUGAUGAACACCAAGCCAAGGAUGGAGAAAUGUCACAUCCCUCUGAUGCUGCUGAGUGGAAAUAUUUUCAAGAUCUACAUCCUCAGUUUGCUGAAGAACCCCGAAAUGUUUAUCUUGGAUUAUGUACAGAUGGGUUUAAUCCAUUUGGCAUGUCUCGUAAUCAUUCUUUAUGGCCUGUGAUUUUGACCCCAUAUAAUUUACCUCCUGGUAUGUGCAUGAAGACAGAGUAUUUGUUCCUGACAAUAUUGAAUUCAGGGCCAAAUCAUCCACGAGCCAGUCUUGAUAUAUUCCUCCGACCUCUUAUUGAUGAGUUAAAAGAUCUAUGGUCUACUGGAGUGAAUGCAUAUGAUGUGUCCCUGAAACAAAACUUUAAUUUAAAAGCUGUGCUGCUGUGGACGAUAAGUGACUUUCCAGCAUACGGUAUGUUAUCAGGAUGGACUACUCAUGGUAAAUUGUCUUGUCCAAUUUGCAUGGAAGAUACAAAGGCUUUUUAUCUCCCUAAUGGAAGGAAGACAUGUUGGUUUGAUUGUCACAGAAGGUUUCUUCCACAAGAUCAUCCAUUAAGAAAAAAUAAAAAAGACUUUUUGAAGGGUAAAGGCAUGAGUGACUACCCACCAGAGUCUUUGACUGCUGAGCAAAUAUAUUCUGAGCGGAUAGAAUCUGUGAAUCCUGGUAGAACAUUUGAGUGCGGUGGAAAUGGUCAUGAAAAAAAGAAGGCUGGAUAUGCUCCUUUUCCUAUAUACACAUUGCAAGAAGCUGACAAAAGAAGAUUACUAGAAUGUGUGAAAGCGGUACAAUUCCCAGACGGUUAUGCAUCUGAUCUAGCUAGUUGUGUUGAUAUAGAGAAGGGAAAACUUUCUGGUAUGAAGAGUCAUGACUGCCAUGUUUUUAUGGAGCGGCUAACAAGAUUCAAUGAAGGUGAAGUCCCAAUCUUUACCGUCCCUGGAGUUCCUGCUAUAUUUACUCAUAUAGGUCGUCCUAGUGGGCAAAUGCACGAAAUAUGGCUUUCAGAAGAAGACCAUCAAAUUGCACAUGCAUAUGUUUUGCGAAAUUGCGAAUAUUUUCAGCCAUUUGAGAAAAUGUUUGAAGAUUAUAUAUGUGCAAAAUUUCCAGAUCUUUUCACAAAAGAUCUCGCUGCAAAACGAGCCGCCGAAUAUCCAGCAUGGGUAACUUACUGGAAUACCACGAAUUCUUUUCCAAUUUGGGUUCAAGAUAUAAUUCAUGGGCCAGUGAAUAAGGCUAAAACGUGGCCCAUCUACUUCACUAGGGGAUAUUUGUUUCAUACGCAGAAGCAUAGUGUGGGCCGAAAAACCUGUAACUAUGGGAUAUGUGUGAAAGGAGAAAAUUAUACGGAUGCAUCUGAUGAAGCCGAUUUCUAUGGAAUCUUAACUGAUAUCAUACAACUCGAGUACGAGGGAAUGAGGCACACGAAGAAACAAUGGUGGCGUCACUGA